UAAACGGCGAGACGCAGAGAGGAUGAGAUAAUAACAAUAAUUAAUGAAUUAUAAUUGAUUUUUAUAUGUAGGAUAAAUAAUAAUAAAUGAGGGGGAAAAAGCGGCAAGCGAGGUGGGGAGAAAGGGCGAGGAGAUCACGAGGAGGGGUUGCUCCGCCGCCCAAUCCCCAACCAAACCGAAUCCAUCCGCCUACUAGCUUCUUGCUGCUGGAGACGAGACGAAGUGGUAGUGGAGCUACACCUAAAAGGGGAGGAGGAGGAGGAGCGAGAGCUUCAUUCACGGGAGGUUGCCGUGCCGGGCGCGCGCGGGUGAUUGAUUUCGCCGGCGGCGAGGGGAGGGAGGGAGGCAAAAGAGAUGGACCGGGCGGCGCUGACGGUGGGGCCGGGGAUGGACAUGCCGAUAAUGCACGACGGCGACCGGUACGAGCUGGUGCGGGACAUCGGCUCCGGCAACUUCGGCGUCGCGCGCCUCAUGCGCAGCCGCGCCGACGGCCAGCUCGUCGCCGUCAAGUACAUCGAGCGCGGCGACAAGAUCGACGAGAACGUGCAGCGGGAGAUCAUCAACCACCGCUCGCUGCGCCACCCCAACAUCAUCCGCUUCAAGGAGGUCAUCCUCACCCCCACCCACCUCGCCAUCGUCAUGGAGUACGCCUCCGGCGGCGAGCUCUUCGAGCGCAUCUGCAACGCCGGCAGGUUCAGCGAGGACGAGGCACGGUUCUUUUUCCAGCAACUGAUUUCAGGAGUCAGCUAUUGCCAUUCCAUGUAUGCCAUCGUGACCUGAAGCUGGAGAACACCCUGCUCGACGGCAGCACGGCGCCUCGCCUCAAGAUAUGCGACUUUGGCUAUUCAAAGUCGUCUGUUCUUCAUUCGCAACCAAAAUCUACUGUUGGAACUCCGGCAUACAUCGCUCCUGAGGUUCUGCUGAAGAAGGAAUAUGAUGGAAAGAUUGCUGAUGUGUGGUCGUGUGGAGUAACCCUCUACGUAAUGCUGGUUGGUGCAUAUCCUUUUGAGGAUCCAGAUGAGCCUAAGAAUUUCAGGAAGACAAUUCAGAGAAUAUUGGGUGUGCAGUACUCUAUUCCAGAUUAUGUCCACAUAUCUCCAGAGUGCCGAGAUCUUAUUGCGAGGAUUUUUGUGGCCAACCCAGCCACUAGAAUCUCUAUCCCCGAGAUCAGAAAUCAUCCAUGGUUCUUGAAGAAUCUCCCAGCUGACCUUAUGGAUGAUAGCAAGAUGAGCAGCCAGUACGAGGAGCCCGAACAGCCAAUGCAGAGCAUGGAUGAGAUCAUGCAGAUACUGGCAGAGGCGACCAUACCAGCAGCUGGGUCUGGUGGAAUCAACCAGUUCUUGAAUGAUGGCCUUGACCUCGAUGAUGACAUGGAGGACCUUGAUUCAGACCCCGAUCUUGACGUGGAAAGCAGUGGGGAGAUAGUAUACGCUAUGUGAUGCUGUGAAUUCUAGCAAGCAGACAGGCAGAUUGCUUGUCAGUUGCCCGCGAAUUGGUUUGUUGUAUUACAGUCACAGAUGACAAAGAUGGCCAAGAAACUGGGAAGUGGAUACAUGUGUCAAGAGUACAUCACAAAAAAGUUCGGUUGCCUAUGCUGUUUAUUAUGCCUGAUGAUCCCUGUUGUCUCCUGUUUUGUCGCCGUUGAUUUGUGUAUUGGAGUGUCCUAGAUCUCGUUUUGAGAACUGUUUGGAACCUUGUCUUUGCUCCCCUUAACUGAGGGAAAGCGAUGUAGUGGUAGUAGUAGUAGUAGUAGCAGCGUGAAGACUGAAUAAGAGAUGCCCCCAGUAAGCUCAGUACACGAACUUGUUUCCAUUUUCAAAGCACCAUCUGCACUGCACGUCAUUAAUUUUAUUUAUGUUACUUCAGUGAA